AUGUCCGAGAUUCACCCAAUCGAUAACGUGACAGAAAUGGCGGAUAUUCCCGCAGUGGAUUGGCAUCAAAUCAAGCAACAUGACUUCAUCAACUGCCGGGCCAUCCGGACUUCCUCAACUGUCGUUCAUCGCCAAAUGAUCGAAGGCCUAACCCAAGACGUCCACGGAUCGGCGAGGUAA